AUGCCUAAUUGUAAAGGAACUGCCGAGGCCUUCACCGGCCUACAACACCAACUAUCUCAACUCUCCAAAGCCAACACAGAGCAUUGUAUCUACAAAGUACACAAGCAUCUGCACAGCGUCAACGAUAAAGCCUACGAGCCUAAAAUCAUCGCCGUCGGGCCUUACCAUCACGGCAAAGACAGCCUGCAGAUGAUGGAAGAGCACAAGCUGAGGUACUUGGAACUCCUCCUCCACCGGAAGAAACAGAACGUCGAGCGCUACAUCUCGGCCGUGGCGAAACUAGAAAAACGAGCCCGAAGCUGCUACGCGGAAGACAUCGGCCUCGACGAGACCGAGUUCAUCAAGAUGCUCGUUCUCGACGGCUGCUUCAUUAUCGAACUGAUUCGCAAAUGCAAUCGAAAGGAUUCGUCCUGCAAAAACGACCCCAUUUUCAAAAUGGAUUGGAUCAUGAACAGCUUAUUAAGAGAUCUCAUCUUAUUCGAAAACCAAAUUCCUUUCUUCGUCUUGUGCGAGCUGUUCGACUUGAUCGAGCACCCGAACCAGCACGACCGGUUGAUAUAUCUUGUGUUGUUUUUCUGCCAGAGUCUCUACCCGGGAGCUGUGCAUACAGACCCGUCGAGUCGAAAACCAGAGGAAAUUAAGCAUUUGCUCGACUUGAUACACGCCAACUGGCGCCCGUCUCUGGGUGAGAACGACGUUCGUGUCGACGUCGAUGUGCAACCGGAUAUUGUUCGCACGAAGAGAAACUUGCGAUUCAUUCACUCGGCGAGCGAGCUCUCGGAUGCUAACGUGCAGUUUGAGGUGCAAACAUCGAAUAGCUUGUUCGAUUUGGACUUCAAAAACGGUGUCAUGUUUAUGCCGACACUGACCGUCGAGGAUCGGACCGAAUGCUUUUUCAGGAACCUUAUUGCGUACGAGCAGUAUUUUCCGGACGAACGGCUGAAUUUCGUGACGGAUUAUGUGAGGCUGUUGGAUUGCCUGAUUAAUUCGACAAAGGACGUCGAGAUUCUCUCGGAAUGUGGGAUUGUCGACAACUGGUUGGGGGAUAAUCAAGUGGUUGCCGAUAUCUUUAACAAACUCACGGACUCUAUCGUUGGCCCCGGCAAACAUUUUAUGUAUUCGGGGAUUGUUCAUCGCGUUAACCAACAUUACGAAAGGCCUUGGAACCGAGCGGUGGCCGUUUUGAGGCAAGAUUACUUCAGUAAUCCUUGGGCGAUUAUUGGUUUUUUAGCUGCUCUUCUUUUGUUUUUGCUCACGAUAGUUCAAACUGUGCUUUCGGUGGUACAGACGGUUUAG